AGUUCUGCGCCGGCCGGCCCACGGGACGGAUGUGCGUGCUGUGUUCAUGCAACUUUCUUCGUUACUACGAUUUUAAAAAUUCAUUCAUUUGUUAUUGUUGAAUGAAAGUUUAUUAAAACUAAACUUGUGGAUACAUUUAAUUUAAUGUUAAUGGUAUAAAGUGACGAUUUAUUUGAUACAGUGUGUGUUUAAUUUUUUUUUUUUGUGAAACUGCAACGUGUUUGGUUCAACGGACUGAGGUUUGAAAUGUAUGGGUGUUAAAACAUUAGUGUUAGUGUGGUGAUUAUGUUUAUUAGUGUACGGACUAUGGGGGCGUUUUCCCUUACCGUUCGUUGGUUAGCUGUAGUGCUCAUCGGUGCGGAAUGGCAGGUUCAUUCCCAGCUCAUUCAACCGAAUUCUGAAGUGGACAGUUCUUAUAACUUUUAUUAUGAACAACCGUGUUGUACGGGACCGGUGACUAAGAGCAAAUAUCACGUGAGGCAUAGAAGAGACCAUGUUCGUGAGUUCUCGUGCGGCACCCUGUACUACAGGACCUUCUUCGUGGACACGAAACGAGAUGCUCUCUAUGUUGGAGCAAUGGAUAGAUUGUAUCGACUUAACAUGAAUAACAUCAGUGCAUCACAUUGUGACAGAGAUGCAUUAAACUUAGAACCAAGUAACGUUGCGCAAUGUGUGUCGAAAGGAAAAUCAGAGCACUUCGAUUGCCGUAAUCACAUACGAGUGAUCCAACCGAUGGGAGAUGGCUCCCGUUUAUAUAUUUGCGGAACCAAUGCGCACAGCCCUAAAGACUGGGUACUAUAUUCGAAUCUGACACACCUGCCUCGGCACGAGUACGUGCCGGGGAUCGGUAUGGGCGUCGCCAAGUGUCCGUACGACCCCGCCGACAACUCCACCGCGCUGUGGGUGGAGAGAGGCAACCCGGGAUCCCUGCCCGCAUUGUACUCGGGAACUAACGCGGAAUUCACAAAGGCCGACACGGUCAUUUUUAGAACUGACCUGCACAACUUGACCACGGGACGCCGAGAAUUCUCCUUCAAACGGACACUUAAAUACGACUCCAAGUGGCUUGACAAACCAAACUUCGUCGGAUCAUUCGACGUGGGAGAAUACGUGUUAUUCUUUUUCCGGGAGACAGCGGUGGAAUACAUUAACUGCGGGAAAGCGGUGUACUCGAGGGUAGCCCGUGUGUGUAAGCGCGAUACUGGAGGGAAGAACAUAUUGAGCCAGAACUGGGCUACGUAUCUGAAAGCCAGACUCAACUGCAGCAUUCCCGGAGAGUUUCCAUUCUACUUCAAUGAAAUACAGAGCAUUUACAAAGUUCCCGGAGAUGACAGUCGCUUCUACGGAGUGUUUACUACCGCGUCAACUGGGCUUAUGGGAUCUGCUAUUUGCACAUUUACUAUCGGCGACAUCCAGAAGGCAUUUGAGGGGAAGUUCAAGGAACAGGCAACGUCCAGUUCAGCUUGGCUGCCGGUUAUAAGCAGUAGAGUGCCGGAACCGAGGCCUGGCACCUGCGUUAAUGAUACUUCGUCACUACCGGACACAGUUCUUAAUUUUAUUAGAUCUCAUCCAUUAAUGGACAGUGCGGUAUCUCACGAACACGAAAAGCCUAUAUAUUACAAAAGAGACUUAUUCUUCACGAGGCUGGUGGUAGACCGAGUGAAGGUUGACAUGAUGGGGCAUCAGUUGGAGUAUACCGUGUACUAUGCUGGCACAAAUGAAGGCAAAAUUCAUAAAAUCGUUCAGUGGACUCGGAACGGUGACAGCCAGUCAGCUUUACUUGACAUAUUCGACGUUACUCCUGGUGAACCUAUUCAGGCAAUGGCACUGUCGCGCACGCACGGCUCCCUCUACGCGGCGUCAGAUCGGCGAGUGCUACAGCUACGUCUGGCGCUGUGCGCGCGCCGCUACGACGCGUGCGUGCGGUGCGCGCGCGACCCCUAUUGCGGGUGGGACCGAGACGCAGGCGUUUGUAGAGAAUACAUGCCGGGGUUGAUACAAGACGUAGCUAAUGAAACGGCUGACAUCUGCGACUCGUCCAUAUCACGAAAGAGCGUAUCAGCGACGUGGGGCCAGAGCCUCCACCUGGGCAGCUUCGUGAAGAUGCCAGAAGUGCUGCAACCGAGAGCGGUGUCCUGGUACCACUAUUCGCGAGAGAAAGGACGGCAUCCAAUCACAUUUAAUAAACCAGAGAAAUAUAUAGAGACGUCAGAACAUGGGCUACUCAUAAUAUCUGUGAACGAGGCAGACGCAGGGCGCUACGACUGCUGGCUGGGCGGCUCUCUGCUGUGUUCUUACAAUAUAACUGUUGAUACACACAGAUGUUCACCACCUGAGAAAAGCAACGAGUAUCAGAAGAUUUAUUCAAACUGGUGUCACGAGUUUGAAAAAUAUAAAACCGCAAUGAAAACGUGGGAAAGAAAACAAGAGCAAUGCGCGCGACAAAACGACUCCAAUCAAAACACACAUCCGAAUGAGAUUGUGUGAUAGCUUCUAAACAUCGCCUAUCUCAUGUUCCAGUCCGUCACCCACUACGGUUCAAUCCCCGUACCUUACGUGUCUGCCGCUCUCAAAUAUUUAAAUGUGUUCACAUAAAACAGUUUAAUUCCAUCAAUAACAGAAGACGGACAUUGAGAACUCAUAAACUUCGUAAAGCUCAAAGUGUACACGACUGUACCGCAAUAUUUUUUCAUAAUGACAAUUGAUAAAAAUGCCGUUACCGUGUAACAUCAAGACAAUAAGUGUUUUUCGUUUCCCUGCAUAGAAAUCGUGCAACAUUUCAUCAUCGAACAUGAGAAGGUGAUAAAAAUUCAAAAUUUUUACGGACAAUUUUAAAAAUGGAACGAAGAGUUCCACAAAGCUUGUUGGUGAUGGCGUGUAAAGUUUAAACAUAAAUUUCAUGUUGUAAGUACGCUUCGUUAAGAGAGUAGUAAAAUUGUUAGUAUUUUGAAAUUUUCGUACUCGUGUGGUCGACGUGCCGCGCUUCAACUGCCUAAUGUGUGUACGUGGUAGUUAAACGAUCCUAUUACUUUAAGUUAUUUAUAUUUUGUCCUUUGUUGCAUUUAUUAUUUUAGUUAAUGUGCUGUAUUUUCAGUACAAGUGUUUUUUUAAAGACUAGAAAAAUAUCGGUAAAAAAUUGCAAGUAUAGGGAUAUUUAGAGAUUUGCUAAUAAUUAUUAUUAUUGUAUCAUCAGAACAGCACGUUAACAAAGACUCAACAACACGACGGAUGAAUUUUGAUCCUAUUUGUAAUUAAGUUUGUUAAAAGGAUCAAAACUCGUUGCCUUUUAACUAAUGAAGGAAUACGUAUAGCUGUUCUGUAAUUUGAAAUCUCCGAGGGUUGUGGGAGGGUCUGCCUCAUUAUUUUUCCCCUUAUUCGUGUAAAUAGUUACCUAAUUUCUCUAUCUACUUGUAAGUGUACGUAUAGAAUGCACGUCCCUAUAUAAUAAUAUAUUUUAAGCCUGUGAUAUAUAAGAAAUCGUAUAAAAUUAAGUGUUUAUUGGAAUGCAAUAAUGGCAAAUAAACUUGUUUAGACUAUGCAAUUAUUGAAAUGCCAUGUUUAUGUAUGGAAUAGAAGAAAUUUCCAUGUAGAUUUUGAUUUUAUAAUUUUGAAACAAGUAUAUUUAAAUUUUUUAUAACUCAGGCGAACUAUUGUAUAGUCUAUGCCAAGUUUUAAAGAUAUGUAUUGUAUAAGAAAUUGAAAUUUUAUAUUAAAAAUAAACUUAAUACAAUAAUUCAUAAAAUUCAAAACAUUCACUGCCAUAUUAUAUUGUACACAUAUUAUAUUAUAAGAUUUUGUUUUUUUUUUGUAAAAGAUCAAUACUCGAUGGAGACGACAAUUCCACAAUAAAUGUAUCACCACCAAUUCUAGUUAAUACCAUAACACGUAGCAUUUUGAUGCAAUAAAAAUUGUGUCGUCAAAAUAAAACAUAUAUAAUUGUCAUAAUAAUUAAUCAGAAUAAAAUAGACAAAGAACAUAAAUCAACAUAUACGUUUUUGUGGCUUUGUGACGGGACAAGAACUUCAUUAAUAUAGUCAUUUACACGUUUUGUAUAAAAUUCUGAAAACAAAAAUCACCUUUUCUGGCUAUUUCAUGCAUUUAAUCGAUUUUCACUAUGUAGACUAGGAACAUAAUUACGUAUACGUAGUUUCAUUGGUUGCUUUAUUGUCUUCUCCAUCUAGUUAAAUGAUUUCUUAAUUCUUUUCUCUAAAUCAAUCAAGUGAAUGUUAUGUUAAAAUAUGAAAUCUUCGUCAAACAAAUAUUUUAUAACAAAAUGAACACAUCAGCAAUAAAUUAUGACUAAAUAUAAAGGCUUGCUCACUGAAUAUACAUAGUGUAUCGGGACACGCGUAGUUAUUCAUUUUAUUCAAUAUCAUUUAGCGCCAAGCUUUCUUCAAAAUAUAUAAAGCGUGAUUAGUGACAUUUUCACUAUUGUGAACGCUUCUUUUGUGAUUGUUUAGCGAGUAAUUACGCCGAAGCUGCGUGUGUCCCGGUAUAAAAUUUAUACUAUAUAUUUACUUAUGUAUAAAUGUUAGUAUAUGAAUGUAGACGGUGUUUUAGAGGAUAAUUCUGCAUAUUUUUGUACAAAGAAAUUUGAUCUUAAAGUCGACCUAGAUGAUUCGUAAUAAAUAUAACAAUAUCAUCCUCACUGGUACCUUUUCGAUACUUCGAUUCCAUAUCAUAAAGUACUAAUUAAGAGCUUGUAAUAUACUAUUGUACUUACACCAUUACUAUUUAUAAAUAGCUAUUGAAUUUGAAUGACAAAAACGUUUUAUAAAAUUGUAAAAAUAUUUUUUCUAGAGAUUUAUUACGAACGCCAUAGAUGAAUAUAUUGUUCUUUCUAAAUCUACUCUCAUUUCCUUAAUCUCUUCACAGCUCAUUUUCUUAAAACUCAAACAUUGAAACCGGCCAUUUUGAAAUGUAUUUUAAUAUUCAGUACUCAUUUUCAUUAAAGUAAUUAGUUUCACGUACCGAAACUAUUCUUAUUGACGUUAAGGUUAGGUGAUUAGGUGCUUAAAAAUAUAUUAUUUUAUUUUAGCAAAUUACAUUAUAUAAUAUUUUCAAAUCUUUCAUAUCAUAAUGUACAUACAUUGAUCAAAAUAGAUAUAAUAAUAGAAAUAAAUCUGAGCUUUUUAAAUUAUGUAUCACUUAAGAUUCGGUACUUAAGUAUUUUAGUGAUUUUAAAACUAAAGAUAUUCCGACUGGGAUAAUCUUGCGCAAUAAUUAUAGCUAAAUACUUACUAUCUGUACUAAUCGAAUAGUUCUGUAAAUUUCACAUGUUACUAUACUGUAUUAAGAUAAAAUUCAAAAGUAGUUUAAGAUUUUAUAUAAUAAAUCUAU